AAGAUUCAGAGCAGAACAGAAUAUCAAACAACUCGCUUUAUCCCUUCCUCCGACACCGAGUCCGACUCGGUGGGCUUCCAACUUACAGUUACAUACACUAUUUAACCAUUUUUCCCGCAACACAUACACAGACACUGCCACAAUUACACAAACGUUUCUCUCACAAUACACACAGUGUUAGAGAGAGAGAGACACACGCGCGCGCACUUAAAGCACAAAAUCGAAAUCGUUUAUUUUCAGUGCCAACCGAAACGUGCAUUUUGCGUCGUUUAAUCCCCGUCUCCGUCGUUUAAUACGACGGAUCACUGUGACACGCCGUUUUCACAAUCCCCGCCGUCGUUUCGCGAUCUCCGUCAUUGUUGUCGUCGUUGUCGUAUUAAAUUAUAGCAAUAACAGUUGAAAACCCCAAGGAACAGAGCUGGAGCCGCUACAAGAUUCCAAGCAGUUGAAGGCUCCGCCAGUCGCCGCCGCCAACGGUCAGAUCCGUUAUCGAUCGCCGUCCUCCGCCGAGCUCUUCGACGGACAGUCCAGCGGGAACUCACCUCCGUCACACGCCGCGGACCACAACUCGUCGGAAUUCGAGCAUUCCGGAAAAAUGCUGAAGCGCCCCGGCCGCCAGGAGUCCCUCGCCGACAAGAUCUACCGGUUCCGAGCAACGCUGCUCGUGGUGUCGAUCCCGCUUAUCCUCAUCACCUUCGUUCUCUACAUGAUGCCUUCUUCUUCGUCCAAUGAGUCCGUCGCAGAGUUCACCCUCGUCAACCGGAAGAUUUCGCCGGAGAAGAAUCCCGGCGGAUCCUAUGCCGUGAUCUUUGACGCCGGCAGCUCCGGCAGCCGCGUCCACGUCUUUCACUUCGAUCAAAACAUGGAUCUCGUCCACAUUGGAAAAGAUCUCGAGCUCUUCAUUCAGAUUAAACCCGGCUUGAGCGCGUACGCUCAGAAUCCGCAGCAGGCAGCGGAAUCUCUGGUCUCGCUUUUGGAUAAGGCGGAGAGUGUAGUUCCAAGGGAAUUGCGAUCCAAAACACCAGUGCGAGUUGGGGCAACUGCUGGUUUGAGGGCUUUGGAAGGAGAUGCAUCUGAUAGGAUCUUGCAAGCGGUGAGGGACUUGCUUAAACAAAGAAGCAGCUUGAAAUCUGAGGCCGAUGCGGUUACAGUGUUGGAUGGAAAUCAAGAAGGUGCUUUUCAAUGGGUGACUAUCAACUAUUUAUUGGGAAAUGUAGGAAAAGAUUAUUCAAAGACUGUUGGUGUAGUUGAUCUUGGGGGUGGAUCUGUUCAAAUGGCAUAUGCCAUUUCAGAGACGGAUGCUGCCAUGGCUCCUAAAGUAUUGGAAGGAGAGGACCCAUAUGUUAAGGAGAUGUUCUUGAGGGGAAGGAAAUACUACCUCUAUGUUCACAGUUAUUUGCACUAUGGUUUACUAGCAGCCCGUGCAGAGAUUUUAAAGGUGUCUGAUGAUGCAGAAAACCCUUGCAUCUUAGCUGGCUUCGAUGGAUCAUAUAAUUAUGGGGGAAAAUCAAUUAGGGCCUCAUCUUCCCCUUCUGGUGCAAGCUUAAAUGAAUGCAAAGGCAUAGCUCUUAAGGCUCUCAAAGUUAAUGAGUCAACAUGUACUCAUAUGAAGUGCACUUUUGGUGGGAUAUGGAAUGGUGGAGGUGGGGAUGGACAAAAGAACCUUUUUGUUGCCUCGUUUUUCUUUGAUCGCGCAGCUGAGGCUGGUAUUGCUGACUCAAACUCACCUGUUGCAAUAGUUCGCCCAGCAGAUUUUGAGGAUGCAGCUAAGAAAGCUUGUCAAACAAAACUUGAGGAUGCCAAAUCCAGUUAUCCACAUACGGAGGAUGGAAACCUUCCAUACAUUUGCAUGGAUCUUGUAUACCAAUAUACAUUGCUUGUUGAUGGAUUUGGUAUCUAUCCAUGGCAAGAGAUUACAUUGGUGAAGAAAGUAAAAUAUAAUGAUGCCCUUGUUGAGGCAGCAUGGCCCCUAGGCAGUGCCAUAGAAGCUGUAUCAUCUACGUAACUGAUACGUAUAUCGUCUAAAUUGUUGGGGCACGAGUUUUAUAUGAACGUUUUUGAGCCAAAAUACCGCCAUCAAUUAUGAUCAGAAAUUGCUUUCAGGCUGAAUUGACAUUGGAUAUGAAUAUGAAUUGUGUCGACAUUUCGGGAAUAAUGGGAGAAGGUUAGCUUCAUUAAUUUUUCACAUGUAAUUAAUUCAGAUUAUACCACCUGAUUUAUGGCCUUGGAAGAUUCAUUCGAUUCAUUAGUGCAUCUAGAUAUAUGUUGUUUUUAAGAGAUGAACUAAAUGGUGAUACUUAUACCAUUUCAUUUUUGUUCUAUAAAUGAUUGUAUCCGUGGUAAUAGUCAAUCCUUUCCUUUCU